UGCACGAGGUUGCUGGUGUAGAACAACUGGGUGCCUGUCGCGUUGGCGUACUUCUGCGCCUCAUCAAGCACAUCCUCCCUCUUCGUCUUCUUCGGGACCUACGUGAAGUUGAAUACCAGCAACUCGCCUGCGCGGGAUGGGAGCAACCGACACCGGCGAGUCUGAUGCCCAGCCGACGGCGGAAAUGAGACGAUGCGGCUGGGAGGCGCUCGCGGCGGCCUCGUACCAGUUGCCCUGCAUCUCGACCUCGAACUGCGGCCGGUCGCCAGGAAUUGGACCGUGCCACGCCACAUCCGGUACGGAAACCCAGCUUCCAAACGAGCUCAAGGGACAUCGAGUCGCCGUUGGGCACUUGGAUGAACGCAGCCUUCGCCUUGAGGGGGUUGGCGGCGUCCGGGACGCUGCUCACAAGCCCGGAGAUCGUGCCACGACCACUGACGAAGCGCGGCUCCCAGGUCGACUGCAUCUUCUCAAGGUGCGCAGCACAGUUCUCCGUGAGGUCCUCCGUGAGCGCCUGGUUCGGCAGCGCCUGGUUCGGCGUCGCCGCGAUCAUGAAUUGGAGCAGCGCACACGCCGGGUCGCCCAGCGCAUCCUCCUGGUCCGCAAACGCAUGGUGGUUCGCCAUGAAGAACGGCGCGCUGGCGUGCUCGCAGUUCUACUGAGCCACGGGAGAUCCCCGAGAGCCUGCUCAAUGAGCGCGGCUGGCUUGCUGUUGCCGGGCGUGACCUGCUCGCUCUGCAUCAAUAUUCCCAGAGCCUCAUGCGCCUCCAUGAGCUGCUCGAGAUGUUCCGCGCGCGACUCAAGCUCCCCGAAGAAGUCGGCGCAGGGCUCCGAAUGCGCAUCCGGAAGGCCGCGCACGAGACCAGACACAAAAGGAUCUGGCUCAGCCACGGCAAACCUUUAGAGUCAGACGAUGUGAGUGGGUAGUAAGAUGUGCAUCGAGAUGACGCCAUUACAUACCGCGUCACCGUAGGAGAUUACGACACCGUCCUUCACGUCCACGUUGAUGUCCCCGUCGGAGACCUCAAUGCCGUGCAACAACUGGCGCACGUAGACGUGGCUCACGCCAGUGUUCUUGUCCGUAUAGGAGUCCUUCCGAAUGACGAACGAGCUGGCAGGCGGCGUCUCCCGCGUGAGCUCUU